CGGAGCUGCGUCCGCGGCCGGGGCCGCCCCUGCCCUGCCCGCCCUCCCGCCCGCCGGGGCCGCACCGCCCGCGCCCACUGAGCCCUUCAGAGCCCCCCGGCAUGUGAGCGUCCGGCACGGCUGCUCGCACCCGGCUCCGAGCGGCAGCAGCACCGCGGCGGCCCCCCCGCCCCCCACCCCGGCCGGGCCCGGCCCCCUCAGCCCGGCGCAGGCCCCGCCGCCGCCAUGGCGCUGAAGAUGGUGAAGGGCAGCAUCGACCGCAUGUUUGACAAGAACCUGCAGGACCUGGUGCGCGGUAUCCGCAACCACAAGGAGGACGAGGCCAAAUACAUCUCGCAGUGCAUCGAUGAGAUCAAGCAGGAGCUGAAGCAGGACAACAUCGCAGUGAAGGCCAACGCCGUCUGCAAACUGACCUAUUUACAGAUGCUGGGCUAUGACAUCAGCUGGGCUGCUUUCAACAUCAUUGAAGUCAUGAGUGCAUCCAAGUUUACAUUCAAGCGCAUUGGUUACCUGGCUGCCUCCCAGUGCUUUCAUGAAGGGACUGAUGUCAUCAUGUUGACAACGAAUCAGAUCCGAAAGGAUCUGAGUAGCCCUAACCAGUAUGAUACUGGAGUUGCACUGACUGGCUUGUCCUGUUUUGUUACUCCAGAUCUUGCCAGGGACUUGGCAAAUGACAUCAUGACUCUGAUGUCUCACACCAAGCCUUACAUCAGGAAGAAGGCAGUGCUGAUCAUGUACAAAGUGUUUCUCAAGUACCCCGAGUCCCUCCGUCCUGCGUUUCCUCGCCUUAAAGAGAAACUCGAAGAUCCGGAUCCCGGUGUGCAGUCUGCUGCAGUAAAUGUGAUUUGUGAGCUGGCUCGACGCAAUCCCAAAAACUACCUGUCCCUCGCUCCACUCUUUUUCAAGUUGAUGACUUCAUCAACCAAUAAUUGGGUUCUCAUUAAGAUUAUAAAACUGUUUGGUGCUCUUACUCCAUUAGAACCAAGGCUGGGCAAGAAGCUGAUCGAGCCCCUGACCAACCUCAUCCACAGCACCUCAGCCAUGUCUCUCCUGUAUGAAUGUGUGAACACAGUAAUAGCAGUGCUGAUCUCUCUGUCCUCGGGGAUGCCCAACCACAGUGCCAGCAUCCAGCUGUGUGUUCAGAAGUUGAGGAUAUUGAUAGAAGACUCUGACCAGAACUUGAAGUACCUGGGACUGUUGGCAAUGUCCAAAAUCCUGAAAACACACCCCAAGUCGGUUCAGUCCCACAAGGAUCUCAUUCUGCAGUGUUUGGAUGACAAAGAUGAGUCCAUCAGGCUCAGAGCUUUAGAUCUCCUCUAUGGCAUGGUAUCGAAGAAGAACUUGAUGGAGAUCGUGAAGAAGCUGAUGAUCCAUGUGGACAAAGCCGAAGGGACGACGUACCGGGAUGAGCUGCUGACCAAGAUCAUCGACAUCUGCAGCCAGUCCAACUACCAGUACAUCACCAACUUCGAAUGGUACAUCAGCAUCCUGGUGGAGCUGACCCGCCUGGAGGGCACGAGGCACGGGCACCUCAUCGCGGCGCAGAUGCUGGACGUGGCCAUCAGGGUGAAGGCCAUCCGGAAGUUCGCGGUGUCCCAGAUGGCCAUGCUGCUGGACAACGCCCACCUGCUGGCCAGCAACACCCAGCGCAACGGCAUCUGCGAGGUGCUCUACGCGGCCGCCUGGAUCUGCGGCGAGUUCUCCGAACACCUCGAGGAAGCCAACCAGACCUUGGAAGCAAUGCUGAGGCCCAAAGUGACAACUCUGCCCGGCCACAUCCAGGCAGUGUAUGUGCAGAACAUGGUGAAGCUCUAUGCAUCCAUCCUGCAGCAGAAGGAGCAGGCUGGGGACAAGGAAGCAGCUCAGGAAAUCACCCAGCUGAUGAUUGAGCGCCUGCCUCAGUUUGUGCAGAGUGCAGACCUGGAGGUGCAGGAGAGGGCUUCUUGCAUCUUGCAGCUGAUAAAAUACAUUCAGAAGCUACAAGCAAAAGAAGUUCCUGUAGCUGAGGAGGUGAUAGCCCUGUUUGCUGGUGAGCUGAACCCUGUGGCUCCUAAAGCACAGAAGAAAGUACCUGUUCCAGAGGGCCUGGACCUCGAUGCCUGGAUCAAUGAACCUCCCUCAGACAGUGAGUCUGAGGAUGAAAAGCCCAAAACAAUCUUUCAUGAAGAGGAACAAAGGCAUUCCAGACACAGACAGCCAGAGAUAGACGAAGAGGAACUGGCCAGACGUCGGGAAGCCCGGAAACAAGAACAGGCAAACAACCCAUUUUAUAUUAAAAGCUCUCCUUCCCCCCAGAAGCGAUACCAAGACACUCCAGGGGUGGAGCAUAUUCCCGUGGUGCAGAUCGACCUUUCUGUCCCAUUAAAAGUUCCAGGAAUGCCCAUGUCUGACCAGUACGUGAAACUGGAAGAGGAGAGGAGACACAAACAGAAACUGGAGAAAGACAAGAAGAAGAAAAAGCAGAAGAAGGAGAAGAGAGGGAAACACCAUCGGCACAACUCCCUGCACACGGAGAGCGAGGAGGACAUCGCGCCCGCCCACCACGUGGACAUCAUCACCGAGGAGAUGCCCGAGAAUGCUCUGCCCAGUGAUGAAGAUGACAAGGAUCCCAACGAUCCCUAUAAAGCACUUGAUAUAGAUCUGGAUAAACCCUUAGCAGACAGUGAGAAGCUGCCAGUGCAGAGACACAGAAAUGUCGAGACCCUGAAGUCACCGGACUCAGAAGCUGCCCUGGUAGAGAAGAAGAGCAAGAAACCCAAAAAGAAGGAAAAGAAACACAAAGAAAAAGAGAGAGACAAAGGAAAGAAGAAAGAGAAGGAGAAAAAGGUGGUAGAGGAGGAGGAAGAAGAAGAAGAAAAAAAGGGGGAAGACUUGGAUUUCUGGCUCUCCACUGCUCCAGCACCUGCUCCUGCACCCCAGGCACAGAGCGAGCCUGCACUGGGAGCUGCUGUGGUGGCUGAACCUCAGGAGGUCAAAAAGGAAGAAAGGGAAGAGCGGGAUGAUGAGGAGGAGGAGGAUGAAGGAAAGCAGAAAUCCUCCAAGCAUAAGAAGAAAAAGCACAAGAAAGAGAAAGAGGAGAAAUCCAAGGAUAAAAAGAAAUCCAAAAAGAAGAGUCACCACAGCGAGGAGGAGCCCCCGGAGUCGGUGCAGAACGGAACACUGGAGGAUGAGCCACUACCACCCAUGUCCAGUUACCGCCUUCUUGCUGAAAAUCCAUUCAUUAAAAUGACCUAUGACAUCCAAGGAAACCUCCAGAACGACAGUCAAGUGACUGUGUCUGUCAUCUUUGAGAACAAAAGCACUAGCUUCCUUAAGAGCAUGGAACUAAAUGUCCUGGACUCUCUCAACACUAAAAUGCUCCGACCAGAAGGAUCCUCAGUCCACGAUGGGAUUCCUGUGCCCUUCCAGCUCCCCCCUGGAAUCUCUAAUGAAGCCCAGUUUGUGUUUACCCUUCAGAGUAUUAUUAUGGCUCAGAAGUUAAAAGGAACACUGUCCUUUAUAGUCAAAAAUGAUGAAGGUUCAACCCAUGAAAAACUAGAUUUCAAAUUGCACUUCAGUUGUGCUUCAUACUUGAUCACCACGCCUUGCUAUAGUGAUGCUUUUGCCAAGCUCCUGGAGUCUGGAGAUCUGCACAUGAGUUCUAUUAAAGUAGAUGGAAUUAGCAUUUCUUUCCAGCAUCUACUGGCAAAGAUCUGUUUUCAUCAUCAUUUUUCAGUUGUGGAACGUGUUGAUUCCUGUGCAUCCAUGUACAGCCGUUCUAUCCAGGGCCAUCACGUCUGCCUACUGGUAAAAAAGGGAGAGAACUCAGUAUCCAUAGAUGGGAAGUGUAACGAUUCCACCCUGCUUAGCAACUUGUUGGACGAGAUGAAAGAGACAUUGUCCAAGUGCUGAAUCUUCCCUCUCCCGUAUUCCAAGGAAAGGAACACAGCCUUUGUGUAAAGCCGGGCAGACCCAAGUGUUAAGUUGCUCCCUCGUACGCAUGUACUACCCUGAGGCACGUGCUUUCCAUUCCCUCCACCUUCGGUUGCAGUUUAGACAUUUUCAGGCUGUAUGUUACCUUUUUAUUUCACAACUUUUUACAAACCGUGGUGUUAACCCUUUCUAGCCCAAAGAGAUCCUGGUGACACGACUGGAGGAGGGAGGGGAGGGAGGGAGGGAGGGCACUAUUUAUUCAGCAGCUCAUGAUGAUCCCAUGACCUUCCAUCUGCGUGGGACGAGGGAUGAGCAGGACUUUAUCACCAGUGGCACAGUCUGUUGCUUGUGCUCAUGCCAGGGAAGGUUGACUGAAUCCUUAGCCAUGGAAUAUUCAGGGCUGCUGUAGUUGAUGUAUAUUUCUAGCAGAGGCUGGUGCUGGACCUGAAGGCCUCUUUUUUGUUUUGUUUUUUUUUUUAUAUAUAUAUAUAUGAUUUAUUAUUAUUAUUAUCUCAAGAUCUAUUGUGAUCAGCAUAUAAACAUCCUCCAUCUCCUUGAGCUAAUCCAAAGGAGCCCUGUGAGAACUGGGAUGUUUGAGUUUGUCUAUAGUAGUUGCCUUGAGCCUUAACCUUCUUUUAGUGACAGCUGGAAGAGUCGAGAGCGGGAGCGUGAGAUGGGCUGAGGUGUUGCUGUUUGGUCUCUGCUCCCGGGCCUGCCCCACACACAGAGUCUGUCAGGCCUGUCCCCUCUGAGCUGGCUCUGCUGAUGUGUUUGAUGAGUCCACUUCGAUUUCACAUUCCUGAACAGUGAAGCUGUAGCAAGAAACUGGAACUCCAAAGGGGUCUGUUCCUGUGCUUUUAUCCUUCUGCUCCCCGGCCGAGGUUCACCAUGGCCAGGUCAGAGAAACCCCUCGUGCUCAGCGUGCAGGUACAGCCCUGUCCUCCCUCUGGGCUCUGCAGCCAGCUGUCCCAGUGUCCCCCCAGUGUCCCCCCAGUGUCCCCCCAGUGUCCCCCCAGUGUCCCCCCAGUGUCCCCCGGCCCUGUCCUCCCACCAGUGGGAGCAGAUUUGGCAGAGCCCUCCCUGCCCCGGGGCAGGAGAGAGGGAUGGGUUGGGAGCCCCCCUUCCAGACAGGGUGCAGGAAGCAGGGGGGAUGAGGAGCUGCUCUCCCUGCUGGGGUGCAGGAGGGGAUGGAGGUGAGCGAGGAUCCCCUGUCCCUGCCUUGGGGCAGGAGGGAAGGGGGUUGAUUGGGAUCCCCUCUCCCAGUGCAGGAUGGGGUGAGGGUUGAUUGAGAUUCUCUCUCCCAGUGCAGGAUGGGCUGGGGGUGAGGAGCUGCAGAUUUGGGUCUGCAGAAGGUUGCCUUAGAGGGAAGAAGGAGGGUCUGAAGUAAAGCCCAUUCUGCACCAUUGAAAUCUUGUGGAGUCACCACUGGAAGGGGAUGUCCCUGUCCUGCAGGGAUGCUCAGCUGAUGUCCUUCUCCAACAUCCCUUGCUUUCAAUUUAUUUUUUUAUCCCCCCCGUUUUUUCCCUCGCUGUUCCACACCCAGCAAAUGGAGAACUCCUGGAAUGGUUUUGUUCAAGGCACAGCUCGGGAGGGGUUUGCUCUCCAGGAAGGUGCCCAGGGCAGAGCUGGGUGGGUCUGCACAUCUCCAGCACCACCACCACUCCUAAAAACCCAAAACCCCCCGCAGGGAGCAGGAUGAGGUGUUGAUCUUAUCCCUUGGGUGAUGUCCUGUGCUUUACACACGUCUUGUGCUCUUCACACUCUUCCCCCAGGAGGGAUUUUGGCCGAGGCUCUGCUCUGGUGCUCGGGGUUCAUGGCCAGGCCCAGCUCUGGGUCUGACUGUGCUGCUGGGCCGUGGAGGGUUUGGUUUUGGUCAGCCUCCCUUGGUUAGCCAGUUGUGUAUUAGAAACUGAACAUAUUAAAAUUGUCUUAAAGGAUAAUGUUCCUCAAUUAGUGGUUCUUUUGUUUUUGUUUUUUUUUUUAAAUCCAUGGAUGAAAACUGUCACUUUAGCAUGUAGAGUCUCUUACAGAAUCCUGUGCAGUGAUUCUAGACUUUUGAAACUGUAUGAUGUGUUACAUUCACAAAUUUAUUUGCUAUCAACAUUCCCGUAAAAAAAAAAAAAAAGAUAAAGGAAACAACAUACCACAAGCUGCUGUAAUGAUUUUGUGUCAAGAUGAUCCAAUAAACUUUCAAAACAAAGUUGA